ACUCCCAGGCGCCGAUACAGAGACAGCAGCAAAACGGCAGCCGUGGAUACCAACACGCUGCGCAGUUCAGCCACUGUGAAAGUGACGACGACGCCGACACCGCUGUCGACGCCGCUGCCGCCGCUGACAAUUUGUCAGCCGCCAGCGCCUACGCCGCCCUAUCAGCGGCUGACCAAAGCGUUGCAAUGCGAUCCGAGAUGCGGACACGAGGUAACAAUUGGCCGUCGCAUCGGCCUCUACAGAUUCUGUGGCGACAUCGGACGCGGCAACUUCUCCAAAGUCAAACUGGCAGUUCAUCAGUUGACACGAGACAAGGUGGCCAUCAAGGUAGUUGACUUGGAUCGUGCAGGACUGGAUGCCAAAGCGCUGCGAAUGCUGUCCAGCGAGAUAGCAACACUGGAGUGUGUUCAUCAUCCCAACAUAUUGAGGCUCUUUGAGGUGGUUGAGACGCUGGGACGCGUCUAUCUGGUCACAGAGUGGAUACGUGGUGGUGAAUUAUAUAACCACAUAACUCAGGGUGGUCCACUACGGGAAAUUCAUGCAGCGCCUCUGUUCAAGCAGCUGCUCUUAGCCGUCAAGCAUAUGCAUAGUUUGGGCUAUGUGCAUCGCGAUAUUAAGGCGGAGAAUGUGCUGCUGCUGUCGGAAGAUCGUUUGAAGUUGGCGGACUUUGGUUUCAGCACUCAGCUCAUAAAUGGUGCCAAUCAGAAGCUGGAUACAUUUUGUGGGUCACCGCCGUAUGCGGCGCCCGAAUUGUUCUCCGAUGAUCAUUAUAUAGGCGCACCAGUGGAUGUCUGGGCGCUCGGCAUCUUGCUCUAUUUUAUGGUUGUCGGCAAUAUGCCAUUUCGUGCACCCACCAUACCAGGUCUCAAGGCAGCCAUACUCAAGGGCGACUAUCUGCUGCCUGGCCAGCUAAGCUUGCCCUGCAUAAGACUAAUUCAACGAAUCUUAAUCCAUGUGCCCGCCCAGCGGCCCACAAUUGACGACAUGGUGAACAGCCAGUUCGUCACAUGUCCCAAACUGAGUCUUGAGCUGAUGCAGCUGGAGCUGAAUCUGCAUAGUAAGCCGGCCAAGCGUUCGAUUUUCUGGGCGCGCAAAUCGCAUCGGCUGCGGAAGAGCGCCUCGCUGCGGGAACGCUACUCGGAGGUGGUGAAGAAGCCAGCGAUUAGCAUGAAUACGCGCCAGCAGAAUGAGCUGUUUGUGGACAGUUUUCUGCACCCCAUCGAGCUGGCGCACGACUUGCCCCCGUCCAAUACCAAAGAGCUGGAGGCAAAUGGUGAGGCGACCAAGCGUACGAGUUCCGGUCGUCGUUAUUUGUUCUGUGGCACACUGAAGAAGAAGAUCACCCCCAUCGAAACGGAGCCGGAGAAACAGCUGUCGAACGGUGGUCCGCCGGCCAAGCUGAGUCCGUGGAGCAUUGAGGUCGCCGACGAUUGUCCGCUCUUCAAGAACUACGAUGCGGAGACUGGCAGCUGUGUGAUGCUGCCCACCAAUACGGAAGAUCUCAGUCAGCUUUGCGCACUAGAAUUCGAGGCGAGACAGCUGCUCGCCGAACUGGGCCUCAGCUCACAGAUGCUAAUCAAUGCCAGUCCCAGCGGACCACGCUCCGACAUAAUCGGAGCCUAUCGCAUCGUCGUCAAUCGUCUACAGAAACAAUCCUGGCUGGCUCGCAAACAUGUGGAAAUGGCUCUGCAUCUGGAGCCCAAGCCGGAGAAGCGGAUCGAGCGUCACUGCUGCAUACUGUAGACCCGUAAUCCCAAUGUUGUUGAAUGUGUUAAAUGUUUUAUAUAAUUAAUUAAUGAUUAACGAUUAAUGAUUAAUGAUUAGUGUCAAUUUGAUAGCCCAAGCAUAAAUGUGUAUUUGUGUGUUACUUGUUAUUUAGCGUAGUGCGAAAGAGCUGAAGAGUUCCUUAUUUCGAAUAUCUGUAGGUUCUGAGUUUUGUAAACUAUUAAUUAGUUAUAUUUUAUACGAUGAUGAUGAUAAUAUAGAACAAAGCUACACUUGACUGGUUAGCGAUUGCAAGUCUCGACGCCCAGAAGAAUAAUUUCGAGUUAAAUGGAAGACAUAAGCAAGAAAAACAAAUUGACAGAGUAUUUUACUCAUAGUAUAAUAUUUAUAAGUGAACAAUAGUCAAGGAAAUUAUAGACAUUACAAUAUUCCAUCUCUUUACAGAUUAGAUUGAAGGGUGAACGUAUCUUUAAGAUGAAAAAUGUAGCGUGACAAAGGAUAUUAAAAAACGAAAACAGUCAAAUAAUCCAAUUGAAAUGUAAAGUCAGUUUUCGGAAGAGUCUCUUCUAAUUAGAAUAAACCUGGGACAAGAUAAGCAAAAAUGUUUAAGCUAAAAAAUAUAUUUACUAAAAUCUUUGCAUAGAAUAUUCAGUGUACACAUAUUUAACUCUUAAUGGAAUCGUAAUAUUUCUCAAAAUAAGAAUUAAGAAUAAACAUCGAGUAAGUAAUUUACAGAAAGAAUAUACAUUCGGCACGAAUCCUGCAGGACACUAGAAAUUGGAUGGGAUACAUUAGAAAAUAUAUAGUUCAUAGGCUAAACAAAAGUCUACAUUUUGGGGCGUUGAGACUUUGACUUUUUUAAGUACAACAUUCAGAAGAAAAGCAGUCAAAAGUGCAUACGGCUUGGAUAAUCUAGAGAAAUUUAUAUAAAUACGUACGAAUAGUCCAAAUAUUAUGUAUUUAGUUGU